GACGUGUGGUUUCGCUUACGAUUGAUCGACAAAUCCGAGACUCAGCCAUCUCUUACGAACGAAGCAGUCCGAACGAUAGCACCCUGAGUCUCGAUCGAAUCCAAAGAAGUAACACACCCUAAGCCAAGUUCCGAGUGUGGCGUGCAUUCAUAAUCGAGAUUAGAGCGACUGAUAUUGUAUGCAAAAUUGCGAUGGCGUCAUUGAAUCCUCGUCAUGACCCGAGGCUAUGUGCAUUCACGUCGUUAUAAUAAUCGUCCAUCUCACAUUUGCCAUUCAUAACGGACCACAGUACAAUCUCGUUUUACGAUGCAGCAUCUGCGAAGGCUGUGAGUUUAAUGACGUUUGGUGUACUCGCGGCUAUAUCGAAGCUUUUCCACGGGCACCCGGCGAAACUGCGAAGCAAUUCUCAAAUUCGCGGUUGAAUACGAUUGUAUUGGGAAGGGUGCGGUGAGGGAGGAGGGGCGGUAUGCAUAUUCAAGGCGUAUUCAACGCGUUAUAAUUCGAUGUCCCCUUACGGCGAUGCGUAGACGUACACGACAACUCGAUAGCGGCUGCUCUCUUCUUUCGUCCGCGUCUUUCUUUCCAAUUACCGAGUUUUCGGCUGGCGAGGGGAACGAAAUGAAAAUCUGUGAGAGGUUCGCGAUAAUCCAAGGGACGAAAAAUGGGUGGCGAUUACCUUAUCCUGGAGACUCGUUUCGCUUCGAAACGUUCCACUCGCGAGGUUGUCAGGAGCAGGGUAGAAUGAGAAUCUUCGCUUUGAGCUUUCGCGGAUAUUGCGACGCGGAACGACGAAAAAUAGAGGGAGGAAAAAAGAAACAAGGAAAAGAUGCGAAAGAAAUAUGGAAAAAAGGAGGAACAGGGGCCGCCGAGUGCGGAGACAUUAAAAUUCACAGUGGGAUUAUACACGUACGAAGCUUUGCAAGAAUCAGCGCAAUAUCUGUUAGACCGUGUCAAGAUCAGGCCAAAAAUCGGCAUCAUAUGCGGUUCUGGAAUAGGAUCAACUGAACAAAACGAGUUGUGUCCAGGUUCCCUGGCAGAAUCCCUCGAGAACAAGCAGUGCUUUCCAUACGAAGAAAUCCCAUAUUUUCCUGUCUCCACGGUCAAGGGUCACCAAGGACAGAUGGUGUUUGGUUAUCUGAAGGGUGUGCCGAUCAUGUGCAUGCAAGGGAGAUUUCAUUAUUACGAGGGUUAUCCACUGUGGAAGUGCGCUAUGCCAGUAAGAGUUAUGAAGCUCGUAGGCGUGACUCAUCUGAUCGCGACGAACGCCGCGGGAGGUCUAAAUCCCACAUACAAGGUUGGCGACAUUAUGAUGGUGAAGGAUCACGUGAACAUGAUGGGUUUUGCUGGGAAUAAUCCUCUUCAAGGGCCAAACGACGACAGAUUUGGGCCGAGGUUCCCACCGAUGAACAAAGCUUACAACGCCUUCCUCUUAGAAAUCGGCGAGCAGGUAGCGGAUGAAAUGGGUAUAAAAGACAUCGUGCACAGAGGCGUGUACACGUGUCUCGGAGGACCAAAUUUCGAGACUGUGGCUGAAUUGAAGAUGUUAAGGAUGAUCGGCGUCGACGCAGUAGGAAUGUCUACGGUUCAUGAAGUGAUCACUGCCAGGCACUGCGACUUGAUCGUCUUUGCUUUCAGUUUGAUCACGAAUCAAUGCAGCACCGAUUAUGAGAAUCACGAAGAAGCGAAUCACGAAGAAGUGAUGGACGUAGGGAAAGCGAGGCAAUCAUUGCUCCAGGACUAUGUGUCGCGCAUCGUAUUGCGUAUACGGGACAUAUUAGAGCUAGAAACGAAAUGAUUCGUGUAAUUUAUAUUUCCACCGGCCGCCUUUUAGUUUAUGGUAAUCGUGUUCGUCAGUUCGUGCUUCGACGAAAAACGACGGCGAAAAAGAACGUCUCGACGCGCACGAUUUUUACGCAAAACGCUGUCAGAACGAUUCCUUCUAUCGGCAAUCCGACAUUAAAGGAGUGCAAAAAUUUGCGAGCGCAAAGAAACGCGUGUUAGGUACGUAGAAAUUAGCAGGGACCACCUUGUGAGUGCCACCAGGAGAAUACUGAAACAUUCUUUUUUUAUACUGCUCGUUAAACUUUUACUUGCCUGAAUAUAUUCCAGGUGAAAAGAGAGUUCGGAUGUUUGUAUCGAACCGCGUGAUGUCAACAGUUUGUGACGAUUAGUUAAGUGUUGUAAGAAGCUUUGGACAAGGUAUUAGUCAUAGAACGAACGAUCGAUUAGAUUUUCCUUCCCGUUUUCUCAACGCAACAUCGCGAAUCGACGAUAAACAGUGGGUAAACAAGAUCGAAUUAAAUGAAAUCAGUAUUCAGCAGUAUUUCACCGAGCGAACAAGCGCCCAUUUAUCUACGAAGAAUCAGCUUAUCGGUGUACCGUUGAAAAGGAUUUGCGUUUAACUGCGUUCUCUUUAAUUAUACUUUCGUCUCAGCAGUCAAAGGAUAAGCAUAUCUAUGUAUACGCGCGUAUUGAAAAUCUGCUUGAAUUAGAGAACCACGGGUCGCUUGGCAGUCGUGCGUCUCUGAUCUCGAUUGAUUCGUUACACGUCUUGAGAGAGCUCCUUUUGCUUUAAAAAGAGGGAACGGUUUAAGGGCUGGGAAGGUCGGUAGAUGCUACGUCCUCCCCGCCGCGACAGCCUCGUCGAUUUUCCUCCCUCGCUUCGUUACCUUCAUCUCGUUUCCGUGCUUUUCCAUCGUUAAUGCAUCGGUGUUCGGCUUCGAUAAAUCUCGAGCGGCGAAGACCAUACUGCCGCGGCCCUUUUCCUCUCUUCGUUUUCCGCCAUAGUUGCUCCAUUCGUAUUACCUUCUACGAUGAAAUUAUGACACGACGUCGCAUGGUGGAAAAAGUCACGGGGUUCGAAGAUUCAGUCUCUCCGAUCGUCUCCAGAAUUGGAAAGUAUUUGUCUCCCGCCGAGACGAACGCAUCGAAUAUUUAUAUCCUUUUGAAAAAUGUCCCCCUUUUUUUUAUGACGAGGAAAGGGAAAAAUAUUAUUAUACGAUCUUGCGAGCGUUUAUGUCGCCAUGGCGAAAUAAAAUCACGUCACUUGCGCGAUUUAAUAAAAAGCACGCGACCAGGCCGGGAAAUGUUUACGCGUUUAUUUCGUGAUUUUAUUGAAAGCUUGUUUAAUAACUGCGCAUCGAGGUGAAACACUGUCUGACAUACAUUUAGCGGAAUUAAUAUGCACGCGUAUGGAACGUACGAAUCGAAUAAUUUUCUAGACUGUUCUUGUGCAAUUUCGAUCGCUGAUUUUCCACUAAACAUGUAAUACUGCAACGAUGCUUCAGGGGAGAAGGGAAAAUUGCAAUUAUACGUCUCGAAGCUGGAUACGAAACGCGAGGAGAAGCAAUCGAAGAUACAGCGAUGGAGAUCUCUCUUUUUGCUUUCCGCUCGCUCUUGUAACACGUAACUUUGACAAAUACACCAGGUUUCUCUGAA